ACCUUCUCUUGUUCGCACACUGCGACACCUACAAAAACUCAGAGACUUUAGUAUUGCAGAGAGAAAUUUACAGUCGUGUAAACGAUUUACGUCAAAAUGUCCGAGCGUAUUUCGGAACUGUGUGAUGUUGUAUCGGCGGUCUUGUAUGCACCGGAGGACAAUUCGUUUCUACUAACAGUCGAUCCUCAGUCGAAAGAACUGUGGAUUCCAUCAACCAAAGUAGGCGAACAGGAAUGUUCUUGGCGCAUCCUGAUGCGCAAAUUUAUCAAACAGAGCUACCAGUUUGAACCUGAGUCUGAAGAAUUAUUGAAAGUAGUCAAAGUUUGGCAACCCACACCAUUUUGUGAGAUGUUGCAUACAGUAUUCAAGGUUCAAGUGGCUCCAGAGGCGAAAAAGAAGCUGUUAAAGAAACCAAAUGUUCGAUGGGUACAAGGUGAUGAAAUGAGUUCUACUAAGUCUGUCAUAGAUAAUUUGAAAGGGACAGAAAUUAUUCAACUUUUUAACAUGGUUAGAGGACAGUUUAAACCUCCAAAUUAUCCUGAAUCACCAUUGAUUAGUUUUCCUGAUGGCCCAUGGGAAUCAUUGUUGGAAGAUAGGUUUUUGAGCACAUUUACAGAAAUCUGUGAACAUCAUCUACUGGUAGUGCCAGAACGUAAAACAAGUGCUGCAACAAAUGAAGUACUUAUUGAAGCUGCAUCAUUGUCAAAGAAAGAUCAAGAAAAUUUAUUCAGAGAGUUUAUGUUACACACUUUUCCAAGUGUGUAUAUGAGCAGGGCAGCCUUUACAAGAUUCAUGAUUCGCUUGGGAUGGAAUGCAGAUGAGGCACAGAAUUUGUUCCGGUCAGCUGACAUUUACAACAGAUCAUCGCUGUCAUUUAGAGAUUUUCUCUACAUCAUAGCAGCAUUAGAGCCCAUGACAUCUCAUGUAGGAGCUGCAGCAGAAAUUCGUUGCCGUUACAUCUACCGAUUUUUUUCUAAGCGUCAAGGUGAUGGAAUGGAUUUUGAAGACUUCACUAAGCUUAUUGAAGCUCUGCAGAAUUGCAAGAAUCAAAAUGCAACUGCUGCAGUAGUAGCACAAGAAGCUGAUAAAAUCAUCAAGUCAAUGAAUCUGACACCUCAAUCAACAAUAAAUAUGAACGCUUUUCUCCUAGCAGUUGGUUCCCUCAAAAUACGUGGAGCUUCCUCUCUGUUACGCUCUCCAAAAUCUGUUUUAACAACAGUUAAGGAAACGCGGGAUUCUUCAGAGAAACAGUCACAGAAACAUGGGCUUCAAGUUGGACCUAUAAUUGGAGAUAAUCUUGGAGGUGUUGCUGUGCAGAGAAGAGGAGAAUAUGAUUUUGCUGUUCAUUCCAUUAAGCUGAAGAAAACAGGAAUUUCAUUCCAGAACAUAUGUAAAUUCUGGUCUCUUGAGGGUUCAGUGAGCAAAUCCAGCAGUAAUGUUUCCAAGACUCAGUUACUUAGGCCUUUGUCUGUAACUACAUUCACAAAAAGUUUUCCUCCUAAUGAAAUUUUAAGGGGACUUGGAUACUUCAGUGAAGGAACUGUAGAUUCCAAAGGAAAAAGGAAAGAGCCCUUUACCUGGGGUAAAAUAGAUCCUACUGGUUUUGGUAAAGCUAUGGUCACUAUUUGUGAGAUGGUAUGUGAUGUUUUCAGACAAGAACCACGGUUGUUGGAACUAACCUCUCCUGUCUUCGUACUUGGAGACCUUCAUGGAAAUUUCCCUGAUCUUAUCAAUUUUGAGAAGACAUUAUGGGGUCUUGGUCCAACACUUACACCAAGUUGUUUCUUAUUUCUUGGAGACUAUGUUGACAGAGGGGCUUACAGUGUUGAGGUUAUAGCUUAUCUUUUUGCUUAUAAAGUUCAGAAUCCAAAGCGGAUAUGGCUUCUCAGAGGAAAUCAUGAGAUCAGAGAAGUACAAUUGAGGUACACAUUCCUCAAAGAAGCAACAACAAAAUUUGGAGAAACUUUAGGAAAACAAGUGUGGCAAUCAGUAAACUUGGCAUUUGAUGCUUUACCAUUAGCUGCUGUUAUUGAUGACAGGAUUUUCUGUGCUCAUGGAGGCAUCCCUCCACCCUGGUCAUGUCCUGUGGUCUCAGCCAUCAACAGCAUCCCUUGUCCUCUUCCCAGGCCAGAUGAACAAAGUCUGUUAGCCUGGGAACUUAUGUGGAACGACCCUAUAAAGAAAGAUAUAAUGGAUGAGGAACUUUCAAUGGAGCUGCUGGCAAAUAGUGGAUUUGCAGCUAAUCGCAAAAGAGGAACAGCCCACAUAUUUGACGUUCAUGCACUGGAGAAAUUCCUUCUUGUAAAUGGAUUUACACAUGUCAUUAGAGCCCAUGAAGUUCAGCAUUCAGGAUUCAAGAUUGAACAAAAUGGCAAAUUGGUGACUGUCUUUUCUUCAUCACACUACUGUGGUGCUUCAAAUUCAGCAGCCUGUGUUCUCUGUUAUCACUCAGUAAUACGGUUUUUUCAACUUGAUUCAGCUGACUUAUGAAUUAAAUCAUCUCACUUGAUUUCUUUCUGCAGUUACUUGAAAUGGACUGGAUAUAAAUUGUCAGUGUCAACCUAACAUGAUCAAUAUAUGAAUUAACAUAUCUCUGAGCUGUACAGGGGUGAACAGUGAAAACUGAUAAAAAUGAAAAUGUAUGAUGACAGAAAAAAACAUAUUUUAGUAAAGUUGCGUUUGCAAACAAGCCAUUUGCAAAAUAAUUGAAUCGGUCGGAGCUGAAAGGUAUCAAGUCCAAAUUGCGUAUUUUGUUUUGUUGAACAUCGUGAAUUACUUGGACGAUUUAAACAGCACUGAAAAGCAUUAACGCAUUAAGUACUAAAUUAAUUUUUUAAACAAAUUGAAUUUUUUAUUCCUUAAUUAUAAUGUAGAUAGUGUAUGAACCACAAUAAGUACAAAAAUAGCGAAAGAAUAUUUAUACAUGCCGAUAUAAUGGCCAUCCUCAAAAUAGGACACUGGGAUCUAACAGUAUCGUAUAGCGUACUAAACUGUAUUCUAGUCUCAGCUAUUUACUUCUUGUGAAACGCUACAAUCCACUCAACACACAGUGUUACACGUUAUUUAACACAAUAUGUUUUUGGUUUCCUGUUGCAUUUAGCUCUUACACAUCUUCUUUGCAUGCUUCUUAUGUCAAUAACAUGACCAAUUCCACCAAACCUGAUGUCAGGUAUCACUCUCAACUGACUUGAUGGGUAUUCCAUUGUACGUCCAAUAUUCAGUCUUCCAGUGUCCAAUUUCAGGUACGUAACUGUAACAGCACGUCUGCAAUCCAGUAAAUCCUGUGCAUUUUUCCCAUGUACUAGUCUGUAGAAGAGUCAGGCAUUCACGAGGGCCAUUUCCUGCAAACGUGUAAUAGGACCCAGUACAAUUUUUUUCCCUCUAAUUAUCGUCGCAUAUUUUCCAAUUAACCAGUCAUGGUGGUCAACACAUCCCAUGUACACGUUACAUGACUUCAAAACGGCAGCUUGUCUUCUUACUUGCCUGUCUACUGUACCGCGUAGCUGCUCCCAAAGGUUCAACUUGGUCAAAAUUUGUAUCAGUUGUACGCAUCUGUUGUCGUGCCAUCGAACAAACUUCACCAUUCCUGUCGAACUGGUAGUCAU